AAGUCAUGAUGGCGGAACUCUAGACUUCGGUAUGAGCAGGAGUGCACCGCCCGUCCUCGUUUAGCAACUGUAUAUAGUUAUUUAUUUAUUCAGCCAACUUUACAUCUUUCCACGCAAUGACCCGUUGGAUUCCCACCAAAAAAGAGAAAUACGGAGUCGCAAUCUACAAUUAUGAUCCCAGUGGUGAGCAGGAGCUGUGUCUACAGGUGGGGGACACGGUGCACAUACUUGAGAAAUUGGAAGGCUGGUACAGGGGCUACACGCUACGAAAGAAAUCACACAAGGGCAUUUUCCCAUCUUCCUACAUCCACUUAAAGGAGGCUACAGUUGAAGGAAUAGGCCAGCAGGAAAUAAUUAUUCCAGCAGAUUUACCCCUGGUGCAGGAGCUCGGGGCAACUCUGAGGGAAUGGGCACAGAUAUGGCACAAGCUCUUCGUGGUGAACAAGACCACCCUGUUCAGGAGUGUUCAGCAGAUGGCCUACAGCCUCAUCGAAUAUCGAUCUCAGAUAGUGUCAGGAACGCUGCCCAAGGAUGACCUUGUCGAGCUGAAAAAGAAAGUCACAGCAAAGAUUGAUUAUGGAAACCGGAUUCUGGGGUUGGACCUGGUGGUGCGAGAUGAAGCAGGAAACACUCUGGAUCCUGACUGGACCAGUACGGUCAGUCUGUUCCGGGCGCACGAGACCGCAUCCCGCAGUGUCGAUGACAGGAUACAAGAAGAGAAGACACGGCUACAGAACCUGGAAAUGAGGCGUCAGACUCUGUUCAGCACAGUGCACACCUACAGUCUACUCAUGAACCUGAAGAACUUUGUAUGCAACAUUGGAGAAGAUGCUGAGCUGCUCAUGUCUCUGUAUGACCCUGAUCAGUCUGAAUUCAUCAGUGAGAACUUCCUGGUGCGCUGGGACAGUAUGGGGAUGCCUAAAGAAAUUGAAAAACUCAACAACCUGCCAGCACUAUUCACGGACCUGAGCAGCAGUGACUUAAUGAGGCAACGGCUCUUCCUGGUGUGUCAGAUCAUCAGAGUGGGCAGCAUGGAGCUCAAAGAGGGCAAGAAACACACCGGCGGACUGAGGAGGCCGUUUGGUGUGGCUGUGAUGGACAUUACAGAUACUGCCCAUGGCAAAACAGACGAUGAGGACAAGCAGCAUUUCAUCCCCUUUCAGCAGAUAGCUAUGGAAACCUACAUCCGUCAGAGGCAGCUCAUCAUGUCUCCGCUCAUGCCAUCUCGAGUCAUCGGGGAGAAUGAGCCGCUCACUGCUGUCUUCAACAAAGUCAUUGCCACGCGGGAGGUCAAUCACAAAGGCCAGGGGCUGUUUGUGACCCUGAAGCUCCUCCCAGGGGAUCUUGCCCAAGUCAGGAAGGACUACCCCCACUUUGUGGAUCGCAGCACGGCUAUCGUCAGGAAAAUGGGCUUCCCGGAAAUCAUCCUCCCAGGAAACGUGAGGAAUGAUAUUUACAUAACCUUGCUGCAGGGAGAGUUUGACCGUGGUAAAAAGAAGACCCCCAAAAAUGUCGAGGUCAUACUGACUGUGCACGAUGAUGAGGGCAAUCCCAUGGAGAAAGCCAUAUUUCCUGGGGCUGGUUAUGAUGGCAUCACAGAGUACAAGUCUGUCAUCUACUACCAGGUGAAGCAGCCUUGCUGGAAUGAAACAGUGAAGGUGACAAUUCCCAUUGAAGACGUGUGCCGCUCUCACCUCAGGGUGAUGUUUCGACACAGAUCCUCCCAGGACUCUCGGGAUAAAUCGGAGAAGCCCUUUGGUAUGGCCUUCGUGCGGCUCAUGAGAGGAGAUGGGACCACACUAAAAGAUGGCAGGCACGAACUUAUUGUCUAUAAGGUUGACAUGAAAAAGGCUGAGGAUGCAAAGGUUUAUCUCACCUUGCCAGCGACCUGGGAUGAAGUGGAGGAGAAGGAAAAGCAAACGGGAAAGCAGUUCCACCACUCAGGACUGAUUCCUGUGACUAAAGACAGCUUUCAGAUUGCGACGCUCACCUGCUCCACUAAACUCACUCAAAACGUGGAUCUACUUGGCCUGUUAAACUGGAGGUCUAACCCUGAAGAUCUGGACCAGAUUCUGCAGAGACUGAUGGAGGUCGAGGGAGGGGAGAUUGUGAAAUUUCUCCAGGACACUCUUGAUGCCCUGUUCAACAUCAUGAUGGACACCUCAGAGAAGGACACAUAUGAUACCCUGGUCUUCAAUGCCUUGGUAUUUAUAAUCACACUCAUUGGUGACAUAAAGUUCCAGCACUUCAACCCAGUACUGGAAACAUACAUCAACAAGCACUUCAGUGCCACUCUGGCUUACAUGAAGCUAACCGGGGUGCUUAACUACUAUGUGGGCCAUGCCGAGGAGCCCAUCCUGACAGAGAGGCUCUACGUAGCACUCAAAGCUCUGAAGUACCUGUUCAGGUUCAUUGUGCAGUCCCGGGUCCUGUAUCUUAGAUUCUAUGGCAACAGUGAAGAUGGGGACGCGUUCUUCAACUCCAUUCGCACCCUUUUCUUGUCUUUCAACACUCUCAUGGACAGACCACUUGAUGAGGGAGUGAAGAUAAAGGGGGCAAUAUUGAAAUACCUCCCCAGCAUCAUUAAUGACAUCCAGACUGUGUUUGAUCCCGUGGAGCUCAGCAUCCUCCUCGCGAAGUUCAUUGAGAGCAUUCCUGACUCUCAGCUCGUGCGUCAGAAGCUGGGCUGCAUGUGUAAAAUGGUGGAGAGUGACCUUUUCAGGCAGCCAGAUUGUCGAGAUGUGCUUCUGCCACUUGUUACUGACCAGCUGAGUGGGCAGCUGGAUGACCAUUCGAGUAAGCCUGACCACGAGGCCUGCGUCCAGCUGCUCAGCACAGUGCUGGACAAUUUGGACCGCAAGGAUGUGGGUCCAACCAGAGGGCACGUUCAGCUGAUAAUGGAGCGGCUUCUUCGCAGGGUCAAUCGCACUGUCAUCAGCAUGGACAGAUCCUCGUCUCUCAUCGGCCACUAUCUUGCCUGCAUGACGGCCAUCCUGAAGCAAAUGGAUGACAUGCAUUACGCCCACUACAUCAGCACCUUCAAGACAAGACAGGAUAUCAUUGACUUCCUCAUGGAGACAUUCAUCAUGUUUAAAGACCUGAUGGGAAACAUCUUCCCCGCUGACUGGAUGAACAUGAACCUGGUGCAGAUGCAGGUCUUCCUGAGGGCCAUCAACCAGUACUCGGACGUCCUCAACAUGUAUUUUCUGGACCAGGCGCAUUUUGAACUACAGCUGUGGAAUAACUACUUUCAUUUGACCGUGGCGUUCCUCACCCACAAGACACUGCAGCUGGAAUCCUUCUCGCAAGAGAAACGGAAUAAGAUACUGAACAAAUAUGGAGACAUGAGGAAGACUAUUGGAUUUAAGAUCAGAGAUAUGUGGUACAAUCUUGGCCCCCACAAAAUGAAGUUCAUCCCAGCAAUGGUCGGGCCCAUGCUGGAGGUCACAUUGGUGCCUCAGCCCGAGCUGAGGAAAGCUACCAUCCCCAUCUUCUUUGAUAUGAUGCAGUGUGAGCACAACUUCAGCCCCGGACGAACAUUUGAAACGUUUGAAAAUGAACUGAUAACAAAAUUGGAUCAAGAGGUAGAAGGAGGCCGAGGGGAUGAGCAGUACAAAGUCCUGCUGGAGAAAACGUUACUGGAGCACUGCAGACGCCACAGAUACCUGUCACAGUCAGGAGAGGAGCUGGCUCUGCUCCUGAGCAGCCUGCUGGAGAAUCUCCUGGCAUACCGCACCAUCACACACGAUGAAAGUCCAGAGCACCGCAUGAGCUGCACCGUCAACGUGCUGAAUUUCUACAAAGAAAAGAAGAGGGAGGACAUUUACAUCCGGUACUUGUACAAGUUGAGAGAUCUGCACUUGGACUGUGAGAACUACACAGAGGCGGCCUACACUCUGCUACUACAUGCUGAAUUACUGGAGUGGUCUGACAAAACCUGCGCUCCUCACCUGAUACCGCGAGAUGGGCAACAUGUGUGGACCCAGCAGGAGCUGAAAGAGAGGCUCUUCCAGGAGAUCAUAUGUUACUUGGACAAGGGCAAAAUGUGGGAGAAGGCCAUUGAGCUGGGAAAGCAGCUGGCCAAGAUGCAUGAGAGCCACAUGUUUGACUUCAUGGAGCUCAGCCAGCUGUUGAAAAAACAAGCCCAGUUCUAUGAAAAUAUCAUGCAUGCGAUGCGGCCACAGCCAGAGUACUUCGCUGUAGGAUAUUAUGGCCUUGGAUUCCCUUCUUUCCUCAGGAACAAGAUGUUCAUCUACAGAGGCAAAGAGUAUGAGUGGCUUGAAGACUUCAGCUUAAAGCUGCUCUCCCAGUUCCCCAACGCAGUCCGGAUGACCAGCACAGCUGCUCCUGGAGACGACAUCAGCAGCUCCCCGGGACAGCACAUCCAGUGCUUUACUGUCAAGCCUGUUCUCACUGUGCCACGCCAGUUUAAAGACAAGGGGGUUCCAGAGCAGAUAUUAAACUAUUACAGGACCAAUGAAAUGGACCAGUUCCAGUACUCCAGGCCCUUCAGGAAAGGUGAAAAGGAUCCAGACAAUGAAUUUGCAACCAUGUGGAUAGAGAGAACAACUUAUAUUACCGCCUAUCGCUUCCCUGGGAUUCUGAAAUGGUUUGAAGUCAAAUCUGUCUCAGUGGAGGAGAUCAGUCCUCUGGAGAACGCCGUAGAAACAAUGGAGAUGGCCAAUGAAAAGCUGAGUAACCUUGUGCAGCAUCAAGCCUGUGAUCGCUCGCUGUCCAUCAACCCGCUGUCCAUGAUGCUCAGCGGCAUCGUCGACCCAGCUGUCAUGGGCGGCUUCUCCAACUAUGAGAAGGCAUUCUUUACAGACACCUACAUCCAACAGCACCCACAGGACCACGAGCGCAUCGAGGUCCUCAAACACCUCAUUGCUCUGCAGAUCCCUCUCUUGGCAGAUGGUAUUCGCAUCCACGGGGAGAAGACGACGGAGCAGCUGAAGCCCUUACACAACCGUCUGGUUACUUGUUUCCAAGACCUUCGGGAAAAAGUGGAGAAGCAUUAUGGCGUCAUAACCUUGCCCUGCUCUCUCACUGAGAAGAAGAAGAGUCGCGUGGGCUCCGUGGUGAUGCCCUACAUCCUGUCCUCCACCCUGCGCCGCAUGUCCACUGUCUCAACCCUCUCCAACGCCUCCUCAGGCCUCUCCAGCGGCUACGCAUCCUCGGAUGGGCCCUCCUGCAUUUCCUCCCAAGAUUCCUUGUCGUCCCGUCCCAGCGAUCGCAGGGCCUCUGUUCUGUCCCGCUCAGAGGAGGACAACAGGAUUGCUAGAAAGAACAGGAAGGACUGGAGCGUGAGCAAAUCCCAGGUCUUACUGGAGAGGCAGUCAGACACAGAUGAGACACCUCCAGAGAAGCAGCAGAGGCCCAAGAGUUUACAGUUAGGAGACCGACGACUUACCCUCACCCUGUUCCAGGGUGUUUCAUCCCAGCUCAGCCUGUCCAACCCUCUCAGCCCGCUGCCUGCCUCUCCGCACACACCGCACACACCACGCAGCUCCAGUUACUCAUCGCUUCUCAGUGACAAUGAUGCCAAUACAUUUGACACCCCAGGGACCCCACCACCCAUGCCUCCGAAGAAACACCCGCACGAGAUUGACAACCUCAGGAUCUCUUCAGAGUUCACUCCUCCGCUGCCGAUGAAGAUUGAGAGCAAGCCUCCUCCACCGCCUCCGAAAACACGGAAGUCGAUGUUCCCCUCGUACGAGCACACCCCCCAGUAAGGCUACACCUACGCGCAGGCCUUAAAGAUUUUCACUAAUUCUCUGAUUUGGCUGCGAUGAAAAGUGC